AUGGAUUUAGGCAACGAAAAAGUGUUUAGAUAUGCUAGACCAGAACUGUACUCAGAUUCCGAAUCGUCGCAGGAGAAUAUGGUAGAAGGAGUUGCCGAAUCAGAGACGGGUAAUAAUCAGAUAGUGUUGUGGAGGGGAACUGAGGCUGAGGCUGAGGAGGAGGAGAAUCAGCCAUUGCCACCCUUGCUAGCCUUUGAGGCCAUCCCAUGUCUGAAGAACAAAUACAGAGAAGAUGUUAGAGGAGCAGGGAGGGAUUGUCCCCGGAUGUGCAGGCAGAAGUUCCAACAAUUCACACUAAAAGGUUUCCCUUUGUCGGAACUCUAUGAAACACUGGGUAACACUAGGGUCAUCGAGAGUAUAUUGCAACCAUCCGAGGAUGAGGUAAUUAUGCUUGCUGGAGUCAUGGAGAGGAAUGAAGAGGAAGAUAUCGGUGAUAUCGUUCCUGAAAAUUGGACGAGGCGUUUAGUUGGGGAAAAGAAGCCGAUAUUCUGGAAAGAGAUAUGCAAGAUCGAUGUUGAUGCCCGAGAUAAUAAGGAGUUGGUAAACCAUCCUGUAGCGGCUAAGAAUGAUGUGGGGACGGAGAAGGUGGUGCCUCUUGGAAUUGUGGAACAGCUUCAGAGCUUGCAGAAGAGUAUGGACGCUCAGUUUCUCCGAAUCAGUGCCCGAAUGGAUGGCUUUGAUACAAGACUCUGCUCUGUAGAACAAUAUGUAAAAGAGACAAGAAGAGAAAGGGAAGGACCAGGAGAUGAGGGAGGAGAAGUUUUUCGAAAUGAUGUAGAACAUGAACAUGAUCAAGCUGGAGAGAAACUUGAAAGUCUGAAGCCGAAGAAGAAGCAGAAGGAGCCAAAGCAGAAGGAGCCGGAGCAGAAGGAAGUGGAGCAGAAGGAAGCGGAGCAGAAGGAAGCGGAGCAGAAGGAAACGGAGCAGAAGGAGGCGGAGCAGAAGGAAUCAGAGCAGAAGGAGGCGGAGCAGAAGGAAGCGGAGCAGAAGGAAGCGGAGCAGAAGGAGGCGGAGCAGAAGGAGGCGGAGCAGAAAGAGCCGGAGUAG